GUGGUAGUGUGCUACUGUUUAUGUUACCGCAUUUGGUUAUGUCACUGUACUCUGUGUGUUUUGUGUAGUCCUUCAUAUAGUCUUUUAACACGGAUAAAAAAUAAAUAAAUACACCCAUUGCGACUUUUAAUUUGAAUGUAUUAGUCGGACACGUUAUAGACUUCUUUUAAAGAGAAAAGCCAUGGCUACACCUGCGAAAGGCGAAGACAGUGACGAUGGCAUGGAUGAAUUUAUGGAGAAAUUUAAGACGCAAAAAUACAAAAAUGCGUUUAAUGAGAGCAACUGGGAGGAGGAGUUUGACAAGGUGCCCAUGUUCAUGAAGACAGCCCCAGAGGAGAUAGACCCAACGAAAGAUCCUGAUCUUGCCUGCAUUCAGUCUAUCAUCCAUGACGAUGACAGAACACCUGAAGAGCAAGCUAUGAGUAUAAAGGAUGAGGGGAACGAGUACUUUAAGGAGAAGAACUAUAAGAAAGCUGUAGUGUCUUACACUGCUGGCUUAAAGAAGAAAUGUUCGGACAUGGAACUCAAUACUGUUUUAUACACCAACCGUGCAGCUGCACAUUUCCAUUUAGGCAACAUGCGUUCGGCUUUUAAUGAUGCCACAGCUGCAAAGAAACUGAAGCCAGACCACAUUAAAGCCAUAGUAAGAGGAGCACAGUGCUGUAUGGAGUUGUGUCAUUAUGCAGAAGCAUCGCAGUGGUGUGAUGAGGGUCUCCGGCUGCUCCCCACCGACAAGAAACUACAGGAUCUGAGAGCCAAAGCAGACAAAAUGAAGAGAGAAGUUGAGAGAGAUGCCAGAAAGGCAAAGGUUAAAGCGAAGAAGGAGCAGAAUGAGAGAGAAGCAUUAUUAACAGCCAUUAAGGAGCGUGGCAUUAAACUUCUGAAGCCUGAGCCACCACAGCAUAAGGGCUCGGACAGUGAGGAUAAUGAUGGUGAUGGAGGUUCAUCUAGAGCCCUGGCUGAUCUGGAGCUUGAUGGAAUUAGCUCACAUGAGACCAUGGGAGCUCAGGUUUAUAUGGAUGAGCUGGGUGUCCUCCACUGGCCAGUGCUGUUCCUUUACCCUGAGCACAGGCAGACUGACUUCAUAUCUGCCUUCUGCGAAAACUCCAGCUUCAUGGACCAUUUGGCGGUCAUGUUUGGUGAAGAGCUUCCUCCCUGGGAUACUGAAAGAAAAUAUCAGCCACAAAAUCUACAGCUGUUCUUUGAGGAUCGUGAAAAGGGAAACUUUUAUCAAGUGAAUCUUGAAAAGUCACUUCUUAACAUUCUUCAGCACCAAAGGUGUUUUGUUAAGGCCGGAACGCCUUGCUUCAUCGUGUUGGUAUCAAAAUCUCCAUUUUCUAAGCAGUUUUUAUCAGGAAAAAAGGUCCAGAGAUUGACUUGAAUUUAUGUUUGAAUCUUAAAGGGAUAGUUCACCCAAAAAUAAAAGUU